AUGUCUGAUGAGGAAAGUAGAACGGAACGCCGUUUGCUUGCGGGACAACAACUGCUCUUCUGCAUUGGCAUUUUGAUCAAUGCUCUACUGAUAUUUUCUCAUAAGCAAGCCCUUACCAUCAACUCGACAGUUGAGAUUACUACAACUAAAAAUCUCCCGAACAAAACAGCAGCAGCAUCCUCCAUAAUCAUUCGCAGCAGCAGAGGCAAUAGCAGUCCACUCAAUGUGGAUGAGAAUGGUCAGAGAUGGAUGACAUUCAUUGUUGUGUGCGGAAAUGGUGAGACGGAUACUGUGAGGGAAAUGAAACGCCUAUUGACGAGCGCCAUACUGCUAUCUUCAGUGCCCCUGCACUUUGUAUUUGUCACCGAACAAGAAUCUUCCAACCGAAUUCAAACCAUGUUUGAGGACGACCUUGCGUAUUCGAAAAAGCCAAUCAAGGUGGAUACUUGGAUCUUGUCGGAAGAUUCUGUCAAGAAUUUUGCGUCACUGUUGAAUUACAAUCUCGCUUCUCACCACAGCGGUAUUUGGGGAACCUCCAAACUCAUGCUGCCAUGGAUUUUAAGAGACGUGGACAGAGCAGUUCAGAUAGACACGGACAUGAUAUUUCUCGAUCAUCCAGCGCAUCUGUGGAAUGAAUUUGACUCCAAUGACUGGCUUUACAAGAUGCCCAUUCACAAUCGAACACGUCCGUCCUCGAUAUGUUCCUGUAUUGCUCUUCUGAAAUUGGACCGCAUUCGACAAUUGAACACUUUUCCUACUCUCAUGGUGGAAGCGCUUUCAAGUAAGCCUCGGUGGAAUAGGGGCGGCCUUUAUAAAGUACCUCACGGAGACCAGGGAUUACUAUGGGCCAUGAUGCUGAACAGCAAUGCCCACGUUGCACCUUUACCGGAACAAUGGAAUGCCGACAGGUGUCAUGAAUACUUCGAUGUGCUCAAGCCUGAAGAAUUCAAGCCUGCUUCUGUGUUACACAAUAACUGUGACUUUGGCAGCAACAAUUUUGGUCCGGCUGAAGAGUAUUUCAUAUUUUAUGAUAAAUACAAAUGGCAUUGGCUGAAGGGAGAAGGGGCAGAAAAACAUGCGGUCAAUGUUACGAUCCAUUCGGAAGAGGCAGAACGGUUGGGUGAUCUAUUCAAAUGCUUGAAGGAAAAGGGCGAAUAA